AUGUAUACUUUAAAGGGAAUAUUUCCUGAGCCAAAAAAGGAACAGAAAAAGAACUUUAUUAGAGAAAAUAUGAAACAACUAAAAUUAAUACAGGGUAAAUCACCUAAAGAGCCUAAAUUAACAUUAAAAAGCCAUCCUCCACGAUUGGCUACACCAGUAACGCAAGUCAAGUCUUCACCCUCGAACAAAAACGAAUUUUUAAGAAGAAAGGAGAUGAGACAAGUAAAGCAACAAGAAGAAUCAUCAGAAGACGAAAUGAUAUCCUCUGAAUCUUCUGGUCGCUUACGAGAUAUAGGGUGUCAGACUGUAGAAACUAAUUUGGCCCAAAAAUUGACAGAAAGUACAAAACUAACUAUGUUGUAUCCUAAGGAAGAUGAUGAAACUAAGAAAGCAAGUGGUGACUCUAGGAGUCAAAGAAGUCCAUUACCCCGUUCACCUCAUAGAGCUGAUGAUAUGAUGGAAGAAAGAAAUCGAAGUCGCUUGAAUGCUAUUUUAGAAAGAAAAGAUAAAGAUCCAUAUUUACCAUCAGGUUAUCAAAAAGGUGUUCUGCCAAAGUACCUCCGUGAUAGAAAGGAGAGUGCUAAAGAAGUUGAAGAUACAAAACCUGAUGAAGAUCAUACAGCAUGUCCGCAAGGACAUGUGACCUUACCUGAUAAUGAAAGAAAAGAAACUCUGCGUAUGCUUAGAAAUAGUUUUGCAGAACUAGUAAGUGAAUUAAAUAAGAUGCCGGUGAAAACUGACACACUAAGGAUGCGGAAUCGGAAAAUGGAAUUAGAAAAACAAUUGGCUAAACUAGAAGAGGGCAUCAAAGUUUUUUCUAGACCCAAAGUGUAUGUUAAAAUUGGAGAG